AUGACCCAAGCCCAGGUGCUUCAUCGUCUUAUACUUUGCCUCAUUAGAUUACGACAUCGCAAAUCGCACGCCUCGCAUACCAGCUCCGCGAUUUUCGUUGUGUACCUGUCCAUACCUCCUCUCUCCCCUUAUCAUCCUGUCUCAAUUCUACGUCCGUUCAACAUCGGUUACUCUGCCUUUCUGUUUCUGCCUGUCUUGGAGCCCGUGAGCUGUCAAAGAGCAAACUCUCGUCCAUCUCAACUUUUUGCCGUACUCGCCGUAUCUGACCCUCUUCUUCUUCCCUCCUCUCACGCCCUCUCCCCCCUCGUCUUGCUCAUCUCCCCUUCAUCGCUGCAAACCCCUGACUUUCUUCCCCACGCUUCUGUUGAACUCUCCCGGCAACUGCAACCUCACUCGUGCCUCCGUCGAUUUGCUCUGCCCAUAACCCACACUUCCGACCGUUCUGUUGGGUCCUUUUUGCUCCAGGCAUUCCACCACCCUUGUCGUGUUUGCGCACCGACUUGA